AUGUUUUUUCAUUAAUUGUAUGGAUUUAAUAAAUUGUGCGUUUUUAUAUGGUCUAGGAUAUGGUAUAUAUAUAUAUAUAUAUAUAUAUAUAUAUAUAUAUAUAUAUAUAUAUAUAUAUACAUAUAUAUAUUUAUUAAUAUAGCUUUAUAUUAUGGUGUUCCUGAAAGACUUUCAGGUGGAAAUGAUUUUCGAGGAAAUAUUUGUGGUUAGGGAAUAUUAUAAUUUAGACAAUAUUAAUAUUUUGCAGCUUCUACAAAAGACACAAAUGUAUCUUUUUGUGUAAAUUAAUGUCCAUAAACAACUGGUUUAGAUAUUUGUAUUUAUAAUAUUUAUGGUAUUAUUUAUCCUGAUGAAUGGAGUAAAUUCUGUUAUUAAUAACUUUCAAGUGAUGUCUUAGGUAGAUAUUGCAUUCCUAAAGAACCUCUUAAUAGAAAAGCUGUUGAUAGCUAUUUAAAUUCGACAAGAAUGAUAUUAAAAAGAAUAUGUUCUGAUUUAAAUUUAACAUUAGAUGUAAUAUUAAUAGCUUUUUUUACAGGAAUUCUAUUUUCAUAUUUAUUGUAAUUAUUGAUGAGAGAAGAAUAAAAAGUUGUAUAUUUGAUUUGGGGAUGUAUUUGGGGAAGUACAUUUUGUUUUGGAAUUCUUUCUUUUUUAUUUUAUAAUGAAUAUAAAAGAUAAAUAAAUUUCAGAUGUUUGCAAAAAAUCGAUAAACAUGAUUGUGGAGGAUAACGAGCUUAUAUUUUUUAUGUAUAACCUUAAUUAUAUAUACUACCAUUAGUGGCUGUAUUUUUUUCCAUUUUAGCUGCUUCAUUUACUUUAAUUGCUUGUUUAAAUGCUAUGUCUAUAGGAGAAAUACAUAUAAAAGAUGUAAUAAAAGGAGUUAUUGAUUAAGAUAAAGUAAAAGUAAUAGUAUACGAUUCUAAUAUGAACUAUUUAAUUUUAUUCCUAUUUUAUAUUUUCUAUAGUUGGUAAAAUCUCAUAUUCAAUAUAAAUAAUAUGGUUACAAGUUUUGCGUUAUGUAUAUGGUUUUUUACAAAAAGAAAAGAUGCUGUUAUAAUACCUUUAUAAUUAACUUUAAAAAAUAUAUUUAAAUAUCAUUUAGGAAGUAUAGUAUUCCAUACAUUAAUUAAACCAAUAUUUAUAAUACCGAAAACCCUUUUAUCUUUAUCAAUUGCUUUUUUUAAAAGUCUCCCUUAAAAUAGUACUUUAGUGAGAUAUUUUCAAGGAUGUUGUAUGUGUUGUAUAGUUUUAGAAAAGACUUUUUUUAGGUAUUUUUCAGAUAAAUCUUUUAUUUAAACUAGUCUUUUCAGCGACCCUUAUUUCUAAGGAUCAAAAAAAGCCUAUUUUUUAAUAUUUAGACAUAAAGAGAAACUAAAGGAUUUAGAAUUUUUGAUUAGUUUUAUUAUUUUUUAAAUUAAACUUUGCUGCGCAUUAUUUAAUGCUCUACUAGUUUAUAUUUUCGUAAAUAAUUCUAAUGUAACCCCUUUUAUGUAAAAUGAAAUUCUAUAAGUAGAAACUCCUAUUUUACCAGCUGGAGUAGUCUUUUUAAUAUCCUAUUAAAUUUCUGAUUUAUUCCAAGGUUCAUUCACUAUGGCUUGUAAAACUAUAAUAUAAUGCUAUUUUAUUGAUAAAGAAAUGUUUUUUGGCGAAUAACGUUUUGUAGAGAAAUUCAUUCGGGACUUUAUGGAGUUUUAUUCAAAAGAAGAUUUAAAAUACUUUAAAAUUAAGUCUGAAAAAUAAGCUAUUUUAAAUAAAAACGUAAAAUAUAAAGAUAUAUAAGAAGCUAUAAAAAAGGACUAAUU